CCACACCCCGGAAACAUUGGAGAAGCUGACUCCGAACUCCGGGAGGGAAGGAAGAUCUUUGCUUUGGAAGUCCCGGAAAAUGGGACGCACAAGAUGCACACUCACUACACACCCAGCAGUUGCCGGCAGUCUUUUAAGGGGAAGCUCUUUGUACCGGCCUGAGGCGGCUUCAUAUACAGAGAAUUUGCGACCCAGAGGGGGGAGGAAUCCUGCCAGGUCUGGGUUGGCCUCCGCCACCCAGGCACACCCCUCUGUAUCACGGACUUGGCUUUGGCAGGUCCUCUAAGGAAGAAAGACUGUUAAGUUUGUGAACUGGCGUGUGGACAGCGCCUGUGAAUCUGAAAAAUCCAGAGAUGGAGUCCCCAGCCUACCCUCUAAAUUUGACUCUGAAAGAAGAGGAAGCAAAGGAGAUUCGGAUCCGAGAAUUGGAGGAUGGCCCCCUCUUAGAUAUGCAGAAAGUACAAAUUUAUUCAAAAGGCGCAUGGGUACCAGCCCUAUUUGAGGAGGUGGCCAUAUAUUUUUCGGAUGAGGAGUGGGAAGUUUUGACAGAGCAACAAAAAGCCCUCUACCGGGAAGUCAUGAAAAUGAAUUAUGAGACUGUCUUGUCCCUGGAAUUCCCAUUCCCUAAGCCAGACCUGAUCAGUCGGUUGGAAAGGGAAGAGGAGUAUCCUAAUUCUGAUGAGUGGCGGCUCCAGGGAGUAACCUUGACAGAAAAUGAAGAAUCUGACUUUACGACUCCACAAUGGGCAAGCCCAGUGAAUACCACCACCUAUUUCCCUCAACCUCAGCACUUCACCAGCUUUUGGCAUCUGACUCGGGACAUCACUGAACUGUCUGAGUGGAGUGAGGGGUACCCCUUCUACAUGGCCCUGGGCUUCCCAGGGUAUGACCUCUCGGCUGAUGACUUAGCUAGCCGGUUUCAGUUCAGUCGGGGCAUGCGUCGCAGUUAUGAUGCAGGGUUCAAGUUGAUGGUGGUAGAGUAUGCUGAGAGCACUAACAACUGUCAGGCUGCCAAGCAGUUUGGAGUAUUAGAAAAAAACGUUCGAGACUGGCGAAAAGUGAAGCCACAGCUCCAAAAUGCCCAUGCCAUGCGGCGGGCAUUCCGAGGCCCCAAGAAUGGGAGGUUUGCUCUGGUGGACCAGCGUGUGGCCGAGUACGUCAGAUACAUGCAGGCCAAAGGGGAUCCCAUCACCAGGGAGGCAAUGCAGUUGAAAGCUCUUGAAAUUGCCCAGGAAAUGAACAUUCCAGAGAAAGGGUUCAAGGCAAGUCUGGGCUGGUGUAGAAGAAUGAUGAGAAGGUAUGACCUAUCGCUGAGGCAUAAAGUGCCAGUUCCCCAGCACCUGGCCGAGGACCUGACUGAGAAGCUCUUCACUUACCAGCAGAGUGUGCUGACUCUGCGCCGGACACAUGACUACGAAGUGGCCCAGAUGGGCAAUGCGGAUGAGACACCCAUCUGCUUAGAAGUGCCCUCUAGAGUGACUGUUGACAACCAGGGUGAAAAGCCUGUCUUGGUUAAGACACCAGGUAGGGAGAAAUUGAAGAUCACAGCCAUGCUGGGUGUCUUGGCUGAUGGGAGGAAGUUACCCCCAUAUAUCAUUUUGAGGGGGACAUACAUCCCCCCUGGGAAGUUCCCCAGUGGCAUGGAAAUCCGCUGCCACCGAUAUGGGUGGAUGACUGAGGACUUGAUGCAAGACUGGUUAGAAGUUGUGUGGAGACGUAGAACUGGAGCUGUGCCCAGACAACGAGGAAUGCUGAUCCUGAAUGGCUUCCGGUGUCAUGCCACUGACUCCGUGAAGAGCUCCAUGGAAAGCAUGAAUACAGACAUGGUGAUCAUCCCGGGGGGCCUGACCUCCCAGCUGCAGGUGCUGGACAUGGUGGUCUACAAGCCUCUGAAUGACAGUGUCCGGGCCCAGUAUUCCAACUGGCUUCUGGCGGGGAACUUGGCACUGAGCCCCACUGGAAAUGCUAAGAAGCCACCCCUGGGGCUCUUCCUGGAGUGGGUCAUGGUUGCAUGGAACAGCAUCUCAAGUGAAUCGAUUGUCCAGGGGUUCAGAAAGUGCCACAUCUCCAGCAACUUAGAGGAGGAGGAAGAUGACGUCCUAUGGGAAAUUGAUAGCGACUUGACCAGAGAAGCACCAAAAGACUGUGAUCCUGAAAGUGUGGCUGAGGGUAACUGAAGGAAGAGUUGAGGUCAGGAGUGGAUCUCUCAUCACCGUUGCUCUGGUCAUGGCUAGCACUCACUUCUUUUCUGGCCGUUGGUUUCUCUUUUCAAGUUCUCUUUAAAUAAGCCUGCCGUGCCAGAGUAGACAGCAGGCCAGCAGCAUUCUCAUUCAUUCUCUCUCUCUUUCUCUCUCUCUCUCUCUCUCUCUCUCUCUCUCUCUCUCUCGUAUUUCAUUCUGUGGCCUGGAUCCAAGAGCGCCAGUGUAGUGGGUGAGAUGAGCAAGGAGCUGCCAGCGCACUUCACAUGAGAGCAGUACCACAGCUAAAGGUUACUUGGGCAUAAAAGCAUAGUCCGACAUUGUCUGUUCACAAAAGCUUAUCUGAAAAGACAGCUCCUUCUCUUACACAUGCUGGACUUUCAGGGCUGGUCUCUUUACUUGCAUUACUUCACACAGUUGCACUGCCUUUUGCUCAUCUGCAGGACCAUGACCCAGGGAGAGAAUGAAGUCUGCCUUUAGUACCUCUGAGCCUCAGGUCUGCGUCCUAGGGUGGUCAUGCCAUGCCCACCAGGGAGAUGAUAAUAUGUAGUGCUUGCUUUCCUCUAUGAGGGUUGAGAGUCUGAAAACAUCCUAGUCUCAUGGAACUUCAGAUGGGGUGAGCUAUUACAGUCAGUUCCUGUUGUCACCAGAUGUCUGAAGGGCAUUUUAAGUUGAAUCUUGGAAGUUGUGCAGAGCUGCUUCAGCAGUUAGGAGAACAUCUGUUCUUGCAGAGAACCACAGUGUGGUUCCCAGCACCCAUGUCAUGCUGCUCAUAACCACCUGUAACUCCAGCUUCAGGGGACCCAGUGACCUCUUAGCCUCCUAGGCACCUGCAGUCACAUGCACAGUUCCACACACAGAAACACAGUAUAUAUGUAAUUAAAAGUAAAUCUUGGGCUAGAGAGAUGGCUCAGCAGUCAAGAGUGCUUACUGUUCCUUUUUACAGAGGACUGGGGUUCAGUUCCCAGCACCCACAUGACAGUUCACAACCAGCUGUAAUUUCAGUUCCAGGGGAUAUAGUGCCCUCUUCUGUCCUCUGUCAGUUCCUGCACGAAUGUGGUGCACACAGCCUCAUGCCAGCUCACAUGUAUAUACAGAAAAACAAACCUUUUUUAAAAGUUAAUCUGCACUGGAAAUAGUAGUACAAUGAGUAAAAUUUAAGGCCCUAAGAUCAUCAAGUGGGGGUGGGGGGUUGUGUGCAGAAGAGGAGAAACUUUGGAAGGAAGCAGGAAUGGGAGCCCAGCAGAGUCCACCUAGCAAAAGCCUGGGGCCCCCCACACACACCUUGAACAAGCAGGAGAAUGCCAGAGUAGGGAACACAUGGGAAGCACAGACAAGUCACCCAUUCUCAUUCUCUUUUUCAGUCCACCUGCAGCCUUUGAAAAGGAAAGUGGCCUGUCUUUAACAGAAGACCUAGAACUAUCUUAACAUAUCUUCCCCUUUAAAAAAGAAAAAAAGUCUACUAGUGGACAUUUUACUUGCCCGCCCAUUUUGUGCUGUAUAAUCACAGGCUCUUGGUGACAUACACCUCCUUCCUGCUCUCAUCUCCUACCCUUGACACUGAGCUCUAAACUUAGGGUAGAGCAAGCGGUUCUUCUUACUGCAUUCCAGGUAACUGUCAUGCUUUCUUCCCGUGUCCCCACUCUGUAUAACAAAGGCCUGUGGAUUCAGGCCCCUUUCUGUUGACCACUGCUGCCCCAAUAAGCUCCAGACUUUGAGUUGCAGUUUUGUCUUUUCUCAUUCUUGCUUUUCCCCUCUCUGUUAGAAAACAUUUUCAAUUUUCUAAGCAAUUUACCACUCCAGGAAUCCAAUCAAAAACUGUCAGAAGAGGAGAGGGCAGAAAACCAUGCUAAGGCACAGCUGUGCACACAGGUACUCACAUCCCACAUCAGCUUGAGCUUCUCCUCCAGAUGCCGCCCUCACUCUACAGCUGCUGGGGAGUGAUGGAAAAAGACAGGGAUUCACAGCAAACAAGAUCCACAAGGCAGCCAUUAAACCACCUCCUGACAUGGAAUAGAAUACUGUUUUUGUUAAAAGUUAGAAGAUAGCCAGAAAUCCAAGCUAACUAUGAUUGAAACAUGUGGGAGGAAAAAACUUGUAAGAAGAUGGCUGCAGAGAGAUCAAAAAGGGCAAUGAGGCUGUGAGCAUCCCAGGUCUGGACGCAGCCAGAGUACCCCAUCUCAAGACAGCCCCACCCAUCCACCCCAUAUGGUGUCAGCCAAGCCUAAGACCCUUAGGUUUAGCCACAAGCUUAGAAAAGAACCAUUCCACCCCAUUUCUCCUUUUGCAGCUGUCUUCCCUGCCCAUCACAGAAGCCUGUAAACACGAAUGGACAGAUAUCUCCUGGAGAAGAGAACAUGGUUCAGCACCAGGAUGCACCGUCACUGCAGCUCUUGUGUCUAUUCCGUGGAGCAAAACCUGGAGAGGAUACCUUUGCACAUGCUUCAGUAGAACCUGUUUCCACGCAGGUCAGGACUACAGAAAAGCUUUUGGAGAAACCCGUCACUCGUGUACUCCUGUUACUUACACAUCUCACUGAGCCAAUGAGAUUAAUAACAGGAAAAUCGAGUGCCAGAAGAUGGCUUUUCUGUAGGUAAUCUAGGUUAGUAUGGAAGAUAAGCGUUUUAAGAUAAAUGAUGCUGUUACACUUGACCUUCUUAAUCUGGUUGGCAGCUAGAUCUUUUUCGGGUCUUAUUGAAUGGCCCUGCUUUCCCCGUUACCCUCUUGAAUGAGGCAACCCUUUGGUACACAAGCCAAGUCUCUAAGUCAUCUGCUGUCUACACAGAACAACCCUCUUUAAUGAGGCGACCCUUUGGUACACAAGCCAAGUCUCUAAGUCAUCUGCUGUCUACACAGAACAGGGCCCACUGACCCGUACUUACUUGGUUAAUUUCUUUAAUAUUUUUAUCAAAAGGGCAGUGGGAGGGUUUGGGCCUUGAGCUACAGCUGCUUUUAGACUUCAACUCUACAAGACCAGGUGUGAGUCACCGACUAGUGUUUCCACAAUAGUAAUUUGCAUUCCUGCCUAAGUCAACUGUUACGAAAAACAUUCCUUCAAAGCUAUCUGUGCUGCAAAAGUUCUACCAGAACCUCGUAGGCAAAGCCAUUGCUAGAUCUGUCAUUCCAAAUACUCAAUCUGGCCAACAGGUUGCUGUGACCACUUCUUCCUCCAAUCAGCUCAUGUGGACGCUGUACGCUUCUGGGCAUCUUUACCAGUUUCUACUCAGGUACUCAUUCUUGUGUUUGCCGUCCACUUUUCUGAUCUGUUUUAACCAGUCAUUACAGCUGCCCUGUUUGUCAGAGUUCCAAACACAUGACCCUGACUUCUGAGAUCUGAAUGGACUGACAUUUUGUUUGCCGUCAGCUUUGUCUGCACUGUCUUGUCAUCCCCACAUGGCAUGUUAUGCUCCAUACCAUCGGUGGUGGUGGUGGUGGUGGUUUCUUCCUUCCACUGUCCUCUUUCCCAACUCUGUUUCUCUUGCUUUCGAGCUUAAACGAUGCCAUGUUGGGGUUUCCACACAAGCCAGGUAUCUUGACAAAGAGUAGAAAAUAGACAACUUCUGUUUCAUUCCAUAACACCACCAUCAGCUGAGAUGCCUUACAGGUUACAUAGCACUGGAACUUUCCUAGAGUGGUGGUUCUGCUGUCAGGGUCUUCUGGGUGCUUUCUUCCACUGAGUUAAGAUGAUCUAUGCCUAACAGAGCCCAGUACAGCUGUUUAGCAGAAUAACGGUUACCAAGAAUUACCAUAGCACAUUGAGACUGUACUCCCUACUAGAUAGAAACUGAUCCCAGUAAUAAACUUUGAUAACAAAGACAA